AUGCUGCGAGGGCUACAGCGGAGGAAGCUGAGCUUCAAGCGGCGGCGGCGCAUCAGGUACCCCCGCGAGCCAUGGGUGUCCCAGGGCCUCGCCGACGCCGUCGACUCGCUGGAGCAAUCCUACUCGCCAAACCGGGUGAAUCCCUCCGUGUACGCCUCCCUCCUCCGGCGCUGCGCCCGCGAGCACGCAUUCUCCUACGGCGUUCGCAUCCACCGCCACAUGGACGCCACCAAGUACCUGGACGACACAUCCAUGGCCAAUCUCUUGAUCCGGAUGUACUCCCGGUGCGGCAAUCUGGAAUGGGGCAGCCAGGUUUUCGAGACCAUGGACAAGAGGACCGUCCAGUCCUGGAACGCCUUCCUGGGGAUGCUCGCGCGCAACGAUGGGUCCGGCAAGAUGGUCUACCGGAACUUCCGGCGGAUGCUCCUCCAGAGGGCCGUUCCGGACGCCGUCUCCUUCGCGCUCGCCAUCCGGGCGUGCGGCCAGCUGCGCGAUCUCUCCUCCGGCACCGAGUUCCACAACUUGCUCAUCGAUCGGCGCGUCCGGCAGGAUCACAAGCUCCAGAGUGCGAUCAUCUACAUGUAUGGCAAGUGUGGCCGGCUCGACACCGCCAUCCAGGUGUUUGGCGACGUGAGGUUCAAGGAGACGCCGGUGUGGAACGCGGUGAUCGCGGCCUUGUGGCGGUGGAAGCAGCACGAUCGCGCGCUGGAGUUCUACUGGGCGAUGGCGGUGGAGGGGAAGAGGCCGGAUAGCACCACCUACGCGGCUGUGCUAGAGAUUUGCGUGGCGGCGGGGAGAUUGGAGCUGGGGAGCAGGGUGGUGGAGAGGAUCGCGAGCGAGGGACUGGACCGGAUCUGCGGCAGUGAUCUCCAGCUCGCGCUGGUGAAGAUCUACGCACAGUGCCGGCGGUUUGAUCGAGUGAAAGCCGCCGCGGCCAGGAUGUCAGGAGCGUGCUGGAACUACUGCUUUGAGGUGUGUGCUCGCGGUGGAUUCUCUGUGGACGCACUGGAGCUCUACACUGUGAUGCGAGCUCGAGCAACUUCUCCAGAUCCGGAGAGUUUUGUGCUCGUGCUUGGAUCGUGCCGCCACCCCGAGCAUCUCUCGCAAGGCAAGGCGAUCCACGCGCGAGCGGUGGCCACGACUGUGAAGCACAGCGCUCGGCUCGUCGCCGCUCUCAUCAGGAUGUACUCCGAGUGUGGCAGCCUCGAGAAUGCCAGGCUCUUGUUCAAGAGGAGCUCUUCCGGAAAGGAGAUACUGGUGUGGAACGCCAUGCUCGAGGCUUACGUCCGGCAUGGGGAGUUUGGAGAGUGUCUAGCUCUCUUCGACGCGAUGAAGAGCGCGAGCAUGGAUCCAAACGAGCAGACCCUGAGCAGCGUCUUCGCUGCCUGCUGCGACGAGAAGAACUUUGCUCGUGGCAAGGAACUGGCCUCCUCUCUCGCAAAAACCUCCGCGUUUACCUCCAACACGCUCAGGGACGUCCUCAACAUGUAUGCUCUUUGUGGCGACUGGAAGAAUGCCAAGCUCGCGUUUGAUGCGCUCGCGAUCAAGGAGGGGUUCGUGUGGGCAACUCUAGCGUCGGCUUAUCUCGCUGGUGGCCGCGAAGAUCAACUUCCCGAGCUCUUCCAGGCAAUGGAGCUCGAAGGCUUGGAAACACUGUGGUCUUAAGUCUUUCACGAGCAUAAUGCGCUACGUGACGAACUUCUAGCUUCCAUUCAUUCAUGGAUCUAUACGUCGCUUCUACUUAAGCAGAAGGACGGUGUGUAAGGAAAGAAUGGAACACUGCAUGGGCUGAAAUGAGAGAACGACCAUGGACGAGACCACUCUUUUGUGGAAAGGUCGUAAGCGUAGCCAUUCUCUGCCGUGGACAAGGAGUCCGAAGGCGGUCGAAUUCUAUCCAUGUCUUGCUCUCCGCGUCCAAGGCGUGUAAGAAGAUCGUCUCGUUCGCGCUGCCUGGGCGUACCUCACCGAAGCUUGCCAACAUGCAUCGCUCUCCUGCGAAGAAGAAAACUAUGAAGAAGAGGAGAGGACGCCACUUUCUUACCCCAGAAGAACAGCUUUGGAUUCCUGUCAGCUUGACCCGGACUUAAGAAGCUCCUCUUUGGCAGAUCCUUCCAGGUUGCAACAAUGGUGCUCUCGCACUUCCCGCAGAGAUCACUAUCCAGUCGAAAGGGUCUCAGCCUGGCCGUGGCGUCCGGGUUCCCUGGAAAAGUGAGAAAGUAGAGGAUCGAACCGUGUAACGCUGCACUACCCGGCGCGCAAAACUCGCCUGGAAAAAAAAAAACUUUGGUCUGAGGAGAAGUACUGUCGAUCAUACCUGGCUCAAGAACAAGCUCAGCGUUGGUGCUCCAUCUCCGCUGCCUCGAGUCGUAGACCUGGACAAUGUCCCUUCGUCGAACGUAGCGUGGAACGCAUUCCACCAAGUUGACGACGAGGAAAUCUCCAUCCUGCCCGAGAGCCUCCAUCCCCCUCCACACCGACAUCCUCUCCAUCCUCAACUCCACGAUCCUGGGAACUCUCGGCAGCUCCUUCCAGUAGCCGGUGAGCGGGUUGAGCACCACAGCAUCGUCCUUGUAGGGAAAAUCGCCCCCGGCGACGACGAAGUAAAACAACCCACCAGCAGCAGCGCAGAGGCGGCAAAUGCCGAGCCCGGGCAUUUGCGGCAAGCUACGCCAGUGGCGGCCAAAAAGCUCCCAGUCGCGAGGGUUGGCGAUCUUGACGGCACCCUCAGCGCAUGAGACGUACCAGGGGCCGUGCCUGACCUUUCGGAUCCGCCCGAUGGCCGCGUGCCAUGCCUUGGAGACUGACCGGAAGCGGCAUAGCGCCGGGAGUGGCAGCCAGCCGAGGAUCAUGGCGAGGAUGUCACUGGAGAGAGCACCCCACACUGCUGGAUCAAGUAGCACUGGAUCAUCACUGCCAUCCUCCUCGUCAAUCGAGCCAUUCAUAAAAAAUCUUGAUCGAUUU